GGAACGACGCCAGACCGCGGGCUGCGGGACCCGCCGACCUCCGGACCCCCGCCGGGCGACCCCCGCCCCCCGCCGCGGGCGCCUCCCGAGCGGGUUAACGCGCCGCCCCGCGCGCCGGCUCCUCCCCGCCGGGGCAGUGUCCGCGCUCCGCCGACGCCCUCACUCGACCUGGCGGCCGGCCCCUGGGCGGACGGCGCGUCCCUGGCGGCGGCACCGAACCCGCGCCCCGUGGAUGCGCCCGCGCGCCCGGAGCAGCCGUCGGGCCUCCCGGGGAGCCCCCCGCGCGCCCGCCCCGACCAGGCUGCCCAGAUGCGGGCGCCACUCUGCCUGUUGCUGCUCGUCGCCCACGCCGCGAACAUGAUCCCCCCGAACCGAAGGAAGAAGCAAGCGGGCACUGGUCUGGGGGGCAACUGCACGGGCUGCGUCAUCUGCUCCGAGGAGAACGGCUGUUCCACGUGCCAGCAGAGGUUGUUCCUGUUCAUCCGCCGGGAAGGUAUCCGCCAGUAUGGCAAGUGUGUGCAUGACUGUCCCUCUGGCUACUUCGGCGUCCGCGGCCAGGAGUUCAACAGGUGCAAAAAAUGUGGGGCCACAUGUGAGAGCUGCUUCAGCCAGGAUUUCUGCAUCCGGUGCAAGCGACGGUUUUACCUGUACAAGGGGAAGUGUCUGCCCACCUGCCCGCUGGGCACCACGGCCCAGCCCAGCACGCGGGAGUGCCAGGAAGAAUGUGAGCUGGGCCCCUGGGGCAGCUGGAGCCCUUGCAUGCACAACGGGAAGACCUGUGGCUCGGCCUGGGGCCUGGAGACCCGGGUGCGGGAGGCCGGCCGGGCUGGGAAGGACGAGGCAGAUACCUGCCAGGUGCUGUCGGAGUCACGGAAAUGUCCCAUCCAGAGGCCCUGCCCAGCAGAGAAGAGCCCCAGCCAGAAGAAGGGCCGGAGAGACGGGCGCCCGCGCAAGGACAGGAGGCUGGACCGCACGCUGGACGUGAGGCCCCGCCAGCCGGCCGCCUGAGGAGCCCCAGAGCUGCAGCCCCCAGCGCCCCGUGCCUCCCGCUCCAGCCCUUUCCACCGCGGUUGCUGCUGCUGCUUUGUCCUUGCCUCUCCCCACCCUCUGUCCCUGUGCCCUUCCACCUUUCCUGUUUCUCUUUCUGAUACUCCUUCAUCUCUCUUCCUCUCCUCCCUCCCUCUAAUCCUCUCCCUUCUUACUCAUUUCCCUUUUAUCUACCUGCCUUUCUUUUCCUUUUCCCCUGCUUUCCUUCCUGUUCUUCACCGUGUCCUCUGUGUCUCUUCUCUCUCUCCCUCUCUCUCUCACACACACUCACACGCACACACACUUUGAGAGACCGACUGUCUGUGCCUUGCUCCCCAGAUGCUCUAUCUACUUCUUAAAGAAAGCAAACCACUUUUUCUAGGCCUUACUCUGACCUUGUCCUGACCCCAGCUUCGCAGAGAAGGGGUUUCCAAGGGCAGGGCCCAGGUCGCAGUACAGGCAGGCUGCUUGCGUCCGGACAGCCCCGCUUCUGCUCCAGAGGAGACCCCAGAACCCAGGGCUGUGAGUGCCCCCUGCUCAGGCCAAUCCCUGGAGGCCAUUUCCACGGCCCUUGGUCACCAGCUCGCAUAGGAAGCCCCAGAAGAGGCCAUCAAAGCUGGAAGGAAUUUUGAGAUUAUCCAGGCUGCUCUGUUCCCCACCCUGGAGCCCCCUGUUGUACUCAUGGGGAAACUGAGGCCCAAGAAGGGACUUGCCCAAGGUCACCCAGGGAACCCAGGUGCUAGACUUUUUACUUAUUGGCUGCCCUGCAGGGCACAACUCUGGGGGCCUUUGGAGAGGAGAUGAAGGAAGGCAAGGGAAGGGGCAGGAGCGAGGGAAGAUUCUCCCACUCCGCCAUGCCACCACUGAACCCUGUGCACUCGUAUUUCACUGUGACAACCUCACACACCCGGCAGGAAGAACAUUGUGGGGGGGGGGGGGGUGGGUCUCCAGUUAGACCUAGUUGAGAAGUGGGUUUGUUCUCACUGCCUGUCAUUCCACCAUCAUGGUACCAACCUCCUCCUCCUUGGCCUCCCGGAUUCUCCAGAAGGGGGGCUCCCAGCUUGCCCUGGCAUUACCUGCUGGCCUGAACUGAGAAGGUCCAGUAGCUAGGAGCUUUGAGGGUCUGGGGUGGCCUGGGGACGGGGUGUGUGCAGGCUGGAAGAGAGGCUGAAAGGGACAAAGUAGCACUCCCCCACCCCACAAGAGUGUCCACCCGCAGGCUUCCCUCUGCCUGGCACACCCUCUGAACACCCCCCAAAGGCCCACCCUCACUCCUAGCUCCCCUCCUCCUCCCUGAGGACAGCCACAGCCCUUCCUUGCCUGGCCAGACUACCAGCUUCUCUUCUGCAAAGUUUGUGCCUCUGAAAUGCUCUAUUGUCGUUGUUUCAAGAUCCCGACUUUUUUUUUUUUUUUUAAUAAAGAGAAAAGAAAA